CAUCUACUCUGAAAUUGUUCUCGACAGGAUGGCUGAAGAACACGACUACGCUACUGUGAGCUUUGCUCCGCAGCAAAUGGAGUUGACUGAACGGGAAAUCUCGGAGCCAAAAGAACCAAAUGAUGAAAUCACUUAUGCAGAAGUAAAAUUUGUAAAACCUUUGAAUCACCAGGAGAAGGACUUUCAAAUGGUCCCGAGGGAAGAGGUCAUCUAUGCAGAAGUGAAAUGUACUAAUCUUCAGCAGAAAAACUCCAACUCUCAAACAGACGCCAGUGAUAUAAAUAAAGACAACGCAGACGCUCACUGCAGAACUGAAUGGAAAACACCUGGGGAUGAAAAGCAGUCCAAUGGUGACACAACUAAAGUGUCUUCAACAAAGGACAAACAAAGGUUUUCACCUCUAAAGCUGCUGCUCAUAUUGCUGUUUUCUUUGUUACUGGCUGUCGCCUCCUCCUUGAGUGUUUACUAUACCACUAACAGCAAAUAUAAAGAAAAUGAAGAUACAUUGCUGCUUAGCCUUUCUAGAACCCAAGAAGAAUUUAAAAUGUUACAAGCAAAUGUCACUGUGCUGCAGCAAAAUGUGUUACAGCUGCAAAAUGAGAACUCAGCACUGAAUGAGAGCUACAGGGAGCUGCAAUUUCAGAAUGAAGAACUGAGAAACAGCAACACUGAGCUACAAUCAAAUAAUGAGCAGCUGAAAAAGAACAACACUGAGCUACAAUCAAAUAAUGAAGAGCUGAAAAAGAACAACAAUGAGUUAUAUUCUAAUCACAGUGAACUUCAUUCCAGAUAUUCAUCGCUUAGGGAAAACCUCACUGAGUUGACCGUCAGAUUUAGAGCUUUGGAUGAAUACUGUCCUGUUAUAAACCAAUUAACUCAGAAAAGAAAGUGCGCUGUCUGUCCAGAAAACUGGCUGGGGUUCAGUGGAAAAUGUUAUUUCUUCUCGAAUGAAACAAUGAACUGGAAUGCCAGUCGCAAUAAAUGCAAAUCAAUAAAUGGAGACUUGGUGAUUAUAGAGACUGCAGAGGAACAGAGCUUCUUAAUAAAAACAACAAAAAACAAAAGAGGAGCUGAACAGCAGGGAAAGUACUGGAUUGGACUGACCGGUCAUGUGACAGAAAAGCAGUUUGUUUGGGUGGACAGCAGACCCCUGGAUGUUAAUAGCAGAUUCUGGGCCAAAAGAGAUCAGGAUGACAAGUUUGAGCCAGACAACUGGACUCAGAAUAAUCUUAAUGGAGAGGACUGCGUUCAGCUGCAGGUGAACAAAAAAUACAGUGGCUGGUAUGAUGCAGAAUGCAAUGAGCAUCAGAAGUGGAUCUGUGAAGCCAAACCAGCUGGUCUCCAAACUGAAAUGAAGGGAAACAGAAAAAUACAAGAGCAACCAACAUCAGACCAGGAACAGAAUCACAGGGCACCAAUGAAGCAAUAAAGUGCAGCUUUGACUGCCAGACCACCACCAUCUGCUCAAAGGAGUUUAUAACAUCUCAAACUUCAGUGGACACAGCACACCACAUCUCCAGUGACUUCAUUGUAAUACUCAACUUAUUUUUACUUACUGUGUGCUCUUGAGAUACUUUUAUACAGUUUAAUGUUUUAGAUUUUAUGAAUUGCUUCAGUUUUGAUUCCAGAUAUUAAGCAACAUUUUAUUUUAUUAAAAAAUAAUAAGGAUAUUUUUAAAUCUGUGGAGAUGUUAUUUUUCCCAGUGGGUAACACCGGUAAGUCUCAUGCAGGACCAUCACUGCCAGAUACAUUUAAUACAAUGUGGUAGUAGAGCUUCACACACGCCUGUUGAGGUGGCUCAAACAACCAGAAGCACAAAAGGAUUUGAAUUUGCUAAAUCAACUUUCAGUCAUACUUUUUUCAUUGGUGAUAAUCUAUUUCAGCCUCAACUGUCCAUGAGACUGACUUCAUCAAAUCCUCUCAUAUGAAGCCUGGAAACAAAAAGGACCGUAUUAAGAACAUUUAUGUUACAUAGAAUGCCCAGAGGGGGCUGAGCAGCCCUUGGCCUUGGCACCCCUGCAGAUUUUGAUUUUUCUCCAGCCUAACUGGAGUUUUUUUUUUU